AUGCAGAUCAAAGCGACUUGUCUUGUUCUCAUGGCCGCCCUCUUCACGGCCCAAGUUAUCGCAUACCCUACCCUCCCGCGGCUAGCUGCAAGGGACGAGGACUCGGAACUAAGCGAUGCAGACAUUUCUGACGAAUUCUCAUUGGAAGAGAGUGCCCUGGAGGCCGCGGGAAAGGUCGAAGUCUGGCCGCCAGCUCUGACCGACAGAAUUAUCUGA